UCAAUACCAGAGCUUUGUGCACCGGCAGUUUUGUGAUUGUGGUCCAAGUAAAUUUGUGGAUAAAACAAAGCCGAACUAAAUGGCGCCAACGGUAUUAAGAGGACGUAACUAUGCCCUACUUAUUGGUGGUAUCGUAGGAAUCAUUGGAUUGGCCUGUUAUCCGAUCAUCGUACAUCCAAUGAUGAAUCCAGAACAAUACAAAAAAGUGCAACAAAUCAAUAGGGCAGGCAUCAAGCAAGAAGAAAUUCAGCCCGGAAAUAUGCGAGUGUGGAGUGAUCCUUUCAAACCCAGAACGGAUGAAAAAUGAUAAAUUAUCGUGCAGAAUACCUGUUUUGAUGCCCAAUCUCCAAAGGAUCCUAUUAGAAAAACAUACAGCAACUUGGUUGAUUAAACCUAAAUUUUUAGCCCUUCAAAAGAUAAUAUG